AUGGACGGGGAACUACAAGAAGUGAGGCAACGGACCAAACCAGAGAUAGUUAUUCUCUCCUAUUUCAUAUCCGUGCUUGGAGCACAAACUACGCUAGAGUUGCUCGGACGGAGAACAUCACAUCUAGGAAUUAUUAACUGGCUUCGGCUCAUUGGUGCAGCUUUUAGUAUGGGGUUUGUUGGGAUAUGGACAAUGCAUUUUGUUGGACAGAAGGCCUUGGUACUUGGCGACGGAAGACCCGAAGAGCAACUAAGAUACGAUAUAUGGUAUACACUGCUAUCGUUAAUAGUGCCAAUUUUGGUGCUUCUCCUGGCGUUUUAUUCUAUCGGGGCACAACCACAAGUGGAUCUAUUGCGUCUUUUAAGUGGUGGAACGACAGCGGGAUUAACAGUCGCGUUCAUGCAUUAUUGCGGUCAAUUUGCAAUAAAAUUCUACAAGGCUCGUUAUGACGUCAUCUUAACCAUAUCGGCCGUGCUCAUAGCUUUAGUGGCAGCCAACGCUGCUCUUUAUAUCUUUUUUGCUUUACGCGCAUUGUGGAAGAAUCAAUGGUACAAGAGACUUGGUGCAUCAAUGGUCAUGGCGACUGCCGUUACCGGCAUGCAUUUCACUGCCUACGCUGGCACGCAUUAUUAUGUUGUCCCUGGAGAAAUUCAAACAGUCCCUGCGACAUCAGAAAAACUAAUUAUCGGAUUGAACGUUGCCGGGUCACUACUGGCUUGUGGAACAUUGGUUGUGUUUAUGUUCUACGCUAGGAACACAGAAUUAAAGACAAAAAGACAUGCACAAAAUGUUGUUCUCGGAUCAGCAAUCUACAAUAGUCAAGGGCAGAUUCUCGUUACGAGUAAUGGCACUAUUCCAAUGAAAAAGAUCACCACCGAGUAUCGUCAGAAGAACUUGCAAGACGAAUUCACUGUAAGCCAUCCUGUAUUCCAAUGGCUUUAUCGCCUAACCCACGAUUGGUCAAGCAUCGAAGAAUGGCUUCCCUACAUCGAUAGCCACUUGCAAGUAGCAGACGACACUCCCUCCCGCAAAGUUCCCUAUUCACUCGAAUUUCGCGAGAUGUUUGUCUCUAAUGCGCGUAAUCUGGCAGAAUCUCUCAACCUCACUUUCGACGAGAUCGGGUAUCUUUUCGACAACAUUCUCAACACAGGUCAAACCACCACACUUUAUGACAAGUCCAGGAGAAAACACAUGACUACUCCCGGGUGGCAAGAAGUCCUCGGAAAAGGUCAGAUGUUGUUUUUGGUAAAGCAAUUGAAUGACCGAACGGAAGAGGAGAGAUUCCUGAGAUUAGGACAUCAAUUUGUCGAGUCGAGCUUGAUUUCACCAAACAUGGCCUCAAGCCUGAAUGUUUCUCCAGACAUUAUGCAGACUUAUUUUGACGAAAUGAGCGUGUAUAACAAUUUAGUGCCUAAUUUGGAGCCAGACGCAGUAUAUACCGGAAUAUUCAUAUGUCAACCACAAAUUUCUGGAAUGAAAGUUCUUGUAUCUGCAAAAAAUCGUCAUCAGAUUCCGAUUGCUCGUCUUUCAGGAAUUACAUCAUUGACCUUGGUCGAACGUGAACAUGUUAGACGCAAAGGCGGUACGACGAUGAUGAAUACCUACGCCCAGAUAGGUAAAACGUUCUUUGGAGAACAGCCGAGACGUAGUAACGACAUUAGAAGUGUGCUGAGCAAUGCCGACAUCAGAAGUGUGCCGAGCAAUACCGACGUCAGAAGUGUACUGAGCAUUAACGACGUCGGAAGUGUGCGGCGAAAUUCCGAAGAAACUACUUCGUCAACUUUCAGCGAAUUCGAUAAUUUCCGAUACAAUUUUGCUCAAGCUAUGCUUCAGUUAAUGCAUUUAAUCACGGAUAAACAGAUAUACGAUGAUGCCGUCCUCUGUCCCGAGGUAUUCAAAGUUCCUAUCCCGGGUGUUGUCGGCAAAUAUGCCGAAUUAAUUUUGUUCAAGGUUCUCCUGAGCUCCAACCAAAAAUUUGACGUAGCCGAUGCAAGCUUUAAAUUUAUUCCGUAUAACAUGUUUCAUAGCUAUCAAGAUAUACUUUAUUACCGUUCUCCGAUGGAAUUACAGCAGUGGCGGAAUAAAGUGCGCAAGGACUUUGGUUUUAUUGCUGAAAUGAUGGAUCGUGAAAAAGAUGAAUCAGAAAGAACGGGCAAAACAAACGCAAUUGAGAUGGUCAUAGUCGAACAGACUGUUGAAACGGUUGUAGUCACGGACUCUUUAGAGGAAAAGACAAUAGACCCUAUAGAGAACGAGAAUUUUGGGGAGAUGUAUGAUUGCAAUAUUACCGUAUCAAAGAAUAAUUUUGAGCGAUGGUUUGAAGUCGUUGCGCGAUCAUUCGGGAGUGACUUUACGAAUUCGUGA